AGUUGCCAUCUUUUCCCUUAUUUGAGUAAUCUUUUUGGUCAUUUCCCCCGGAACCUAUUCAUUUUCUCCCAAAUGCUUUUGGGACCAAGAGUUAAUAGUCUUUCGUUUGGGGAGAAAAAAGAGGAACGGCAAAAAGCGAAGGUUUGAGGGGCAAAGCUGCCGUUUUGCGUUCCCCAGGGCAGGAUGCUUUGAGUUGGAGGCGAAUCAGCCCGGAUUUCUCAAAAAGCGCUGCAUGGAAGAGGAGGAGGUGACAGAGUCCUAUGUAAGACUUUCCUUUUUCUACAAAAAUAUUCACAUACAUCGGAGAAUGUGUGGAUCAUGUACUUCGGGCCUGGGAGUUAUAGAAAACUUGCCGGAAUGAUAUAAAGAAAUCUCAUGUACGCAGCCCAGAUUCACCAAUUGUGUAUUGCCUAUUUGUUCUGUCAGUGACCAUCUGCCAAAUAAUACCAGUUCUGCCGCCUUAGGGCUCUGUGCCUUCCCAGAAGGAAGACUUAAAAAUGAGCAUGUUGAAGGAAGCAGUGACCUUCAAGGACGUGGCUGUGGCUUUCACUGAGGAGGAGCUGGGGCUGCUGGACUCUGCCCAGAGGAAGCUGUACCAAGACGUGAUGGUGGAAAAUUUCAGGAACCUGGUCUCAGUGGAGCAUCAACUCUUCAAACAAGACAGGUCGCAUGUAGAAAGAGAUGAGAAGCUUUGGAUGAUGAAGGCGGAAACCCAGAGAGAAAGAAGUUUAGUUAUGCCUUCUCAGGACUCUAACCUCCCCCAGAAGGAACAGGAGAAAAUGACCACAUUUCAAGCGGCAGUAACAUUCAAGGACGUGGCUGUGGUCUUCACCACUGAAGAGCUGGGGCUGCUGGACUGUACGCAGAAGAAGCUGUAUGAAGAUGUAAUGGUGGAGAAUUUUAAGAACCUGGUUGCAGUGGGGCAUCUUCCCUUCAAACCAGACAUGGUAUCCCAAUUGGAGGCAGAAGAAAAGCUCUGGAUGAUGGAAACCGAAACCCAGAGAAGUAGCAUGAAUCAAAAUGAGAUGGAGACCCUUCGAAAAUUUGCAUUAAAAUAUCUUUCACAUGAAGAGCUAUCCUGCUGGCAAAUCUGGAAACAUGUCGCAAGUGAAUUAACCAGGUGUCUUCACGUGACAGAUUCCCAACUGCUACAAGGUGGUUGCAUUCAGGUUUCUGAAAAUGAGAAAAAUGUAAAGUAUCCUAAAGGAGAUAGCUCCAGGUAUACUGAAAAUCAAGAGUUUUCAAUUUCAAGAACCCAGUAUUCCUCCGGAAAUAAGUAUCUGAUUGAGUCACAGAAUCAGAGUAGAGAUAAGCAAAUUGACAUGAAAAACAGCCUGCAUGUAUGUGAAGAUAUGAUGACGAAAUCAUUUAGUGAGCAACUUAAAACUGGCACAGAGCAAAAAGCCUCCCAACAUAGUGAAUGUGGCGGAGGCAUCAAUGACAGCUCCAAUCAGCAGUUGCCUUUAGGAGAGAAACUUCUUCCAUGUAGUGAGUGUGGAAGGGGCUUCAGUUAUAGCUCAGGGCUUCCUUGGAGUGUUCACACAAGAGAGAGAUGCUUCAGUCAAAGCUCGCACCUGCAGUCUCAUCUGAGAAUUCACCCAGGAGAGAAACUGGGUAAAGGCUGUGAGCCUGGUGAUUGCAUCAGUAAGAGCCCUUUUCUUUCUCACCCAUCAAAUUGUAUAGACGAGAAGUCCUAUAGAUGUGACAGUUGUGGCAAAGGAUUCAGUAGCAGCACAGGUCUCAUCAUCCAUUACAGAACUCACACUGGAGAGAAGCCUUAUAAAUGCGAGGAGUGCGGUAAAUGCUUUAGUCAAAGUUCAAAUUUUCAGUGCCAUCAGAGGGUUCACACUGAAGAAAAACCAUACAAAUGUGAAGAGUGUGGUAAGGGCUUUGGUUGGAGUGUUAAUCUCCGUGUCCAUCAGAGGGUCCACAGGGGUGAAAAACCCUAUAAAUGUGAAGAGUGUGGUAAAGGCUUCACUCAGGCUGCACAUUUUCACAUACAUCAGAGAGUCCACACUGGAGAGAAACCCUACAAAUGUGAUGUGUGUGGUAAGGGCUUCAGUCACAAUUCACCAUUAGUAUGCCAUCGGAGAGUCCAUACUGGAGAGAAACCAUAUAAAUGUGAGGCAUGUGGGAAAGGCUUUACCCGAAAUACAGAUCUUCAUAUCCAUUUCAGAGUUCACACAGGAGAAAAACCCUACAAAUGUAAGGAGUGUGGGAAGGGCUUCAGUCAGGCUUCAAAUCUUCAAGUCCAUCAGAAUGUCCACACAGGGGAGAAACGGUUCAAAUGUGAAACGUGUGGGAAGGGCUUCAGUCAGUCUUCAAAGCUUCAAACCCAUCAGAGGGUCCACACUGGAGAGAAACCAUACAAAUGUGAUGUGUGUGGUAAGGACUUCAGUUACAGUUCAAAUCUUAAACUACACCAAGUCAUUCACACUGGAGAAAAACCAUAUAAAUGUGAGGAGUGUGGGAAGGGCUUCAGUUGGAGAUCAAAUCUUCAUGCUCAUCAGAGAGUCCACUCAGGAGAGAAACCCUAUAAAUGUGAAGAGUGCAAUAAGAGCUUCAGUCAGGCCAUUGAUUUUCGAGUACAUCAGAGAGUCCAUACUGGAGAGAAGCCAUACAAAUGUGGCGUGUGUGGUAAGGGCUUCAGUCAGUCAUCUGGCCUCCAGUCCCAUCAGAGAGUUCAUACUGGAGAGAAGCCCUACAGAUGUGAGGUGUGUGGUAAAGGCUUUCGAUACAGCUCACAGUUUAUAUACCAUCAGAGAGGCCACACUGGAGAGAAACCUUACAAAUGUGAGGAGUGUGGGAAAGGCUUUGGGAGGAGCUUGAACCUUCGCCAUCAUCAGAGGGUCCACACAGGAGAGAAACCUCAUAAAUGUGAGGAGUGUGGUAAGGCCUUCAGUCUCCCUUCAAAUCUUCGAGUUCAUUUGAACGUUCACGCUAGGGAGAAACUCUUUAAAUGUGAGGAAUGUGGGAAGGGCUUCAGUCAAAGUGCUCGUCUUCAAGCCCACCAGAGAGUCCACACUGGGGAAAAACCAUACAAGUGUGACACAUGUGGUAAAGACUUCAGUCACCGUUCUCGUCUUACAUACCAUCAGAAAGUCCACACUGGCAAGCUCUAGAAAUGAGAAGUUUAUUGAUGAAUUUUAUUGGAAUAUACAUCUUCAAGUUUUUAGGAAGUCCAUGCUGGCGAUGAACUAUAAAAAUAUCAAGAGUGGGAUUUCUUCAGACUCCGAAUUUAACAUAUCCUUUAAAAUGAUGACAGAAACAGUGACAGGACCACAACUCAUAUUUAAGGAAGUAGAGAUUGUGGUCCUCUUGGCAAUAUACGUUUAAUACAGAUGACCUUUCAGUGUGACUCUGGUAAUGUGUGAAAGGAUAUUUGUCAUAUGCUAACUAGUUUUUUAAAUAUUUGGUCAGGGAAGGUUGUGCAUUAUUUUUCUUUUAACUUUCCUUUUACACUUGACAGUGGCCAUUUUUAUUAAAGCUGUAAAGAUACAAAAAAUGAAUAAAAUUACUAAGUGUCCUGUAGCUAAGGACUCAUAAUAUGAUAUUAUUUCAUGUAGUAUAGUGGGUUAAAAUUAAAGAGCAGAUCCCCAGAGAUGAAUCUUGGAUCUUCAGAAGUAAAUUUGUGCCACAGAUGUAUUUGAAAAGAUGUUCGUGGCUUCACUGGUUUAGUAGGAAUCUCAAACAGUCAGUUGGAUUGCCAAAGUAUUUUAUGCUUUACCAACCCAAUGGAACACUGUGCAAACAUCUAACAAGAGUAGGUAAAUUUGUAGUUAUAGAGGCUGGACAAUGUCCAUAAUAACUUGGAAAAGCAAAAAGCAGAUUUUUUGUGAUCCUACUUAAAAAGAAAGGUAUAGAUAUGUAUUUACUUUGACCUAUCUCUAAAUGAUGCAAAUUUGAUAUAUUUUUAUAUUUCUAGAAACUUUAUUUUAAAAUUAAAACUUUAGAAAAA